AUGGUCCACGCCGACCACGACGAGCCUUCCUUUUUCAGCAACGGAGCCAACCAAAUCCAACAACAGCUUCAUCGGCUGUACCGCGCCAGCUCUCCCACCAGAGUACUAGUCUUCAGAUACCUCGAUGAACACCCAGAUGUACACCAGGAGUAUCUGGAGUUGUUGCGUCCCUCUGUGCCGUCGAGUCCUCUCAACCCAUCCUUCGGUGCAGGGGUCGUCUCCGAAAGCGACUGCUCAACCAGUGCAACUGCAGAGAGAUACUACCUGCAACCAGAAGAUGACUUGCAGGAAGACCUCUGGCAGCUUGUUGCUGGUGUUGAGGAGGCCGCCGAGGAGGCGGAGUACGAGUCCCCUUUGAACGUCGAAGGCUUCGUCGUAGACAAUGCCAUUGACGACGAGGAGCCACCUCAGGCUGGUCCUGAGGUGCUUCUAGACAACAUCAACACCAACAGCAUCGACAGUGACGACGUCGACCCUCACGGCAACAGCGACGGUGACAACAAUGACAAUGGUACCACCAUCGUCAACAACAACACUACCACCAUCGACACUAAUGACGCCGGCCCUGUGGUGAACAACGACGACAGUCUCGACACCGACGACACCACCUCUAUCGACAACACGUCUGCCAGCACUGUCAGCAAUGACACCCCGGGCGCCUCAAGCAGUGUCGACUCUAGCAUGGUCGCGUAUCCGGCACCAGCCCACUUGGUUGCUGCUUCACGCAGUCAGCCAGUGGCUCGUGCCUGGGCCUUGUGGGAAGAAGAUGCAUGCAUUCGUCAUAUGCUUGACAUUCACCGCGAAGGGCAAAUCCAAGGUGAAGCUCGCUUUGCCGAGGCACUGCGUCGCAUGCAGGUAGUGGAUGGCUGCCAGAGAACUGCCGGCGGUGCUGUGAAGAAUUUCUGGAAUCGCAAGGGCCGUCUUCGCUCCCAGUUCGACGAAAGACGCAACAGGCGCGCCCCACUCGCAACAUCCCAGCAAGGCAAGAAAGUCACACGAAACACCACUACUACAUCCAAGCAACGCAAGGUCACUACUUCAGGCGGUGUGACAAAGUCUCGCAGCACCACGAAGCGUCGCCAGAAGAGACUAGAGUACCCCUCCGAGGAGGAAGAAGAAGAGUCCGAUUUCCUUGUCGAGAGUCACAACGAAGAACCAGAGCAUCUCCGACAGUCGCGCAAGAGGAAGGACAGAGACGACGACAGUGAAGGGGACUACCAACCAUCCCCCACCCUCAUCAACUCCGUCGCCAAAGGCUUGAGAACGUCAAAGAGAGUCAGAUCGACAGCUUAG